GGCGGAGUCAGCUGAGAUCCAGGCGGGAGAACUCCAGGGGCUCUAUCACCUCAGCGGUGGGGGGUCGGGGUUAGUUCUGGGAACUGUGGAGCUCUUAGUUGUGGGACCAGGAGGCAUUUAGUCUCACUUGCUAGGCGAAUCCUGCUUCGCAGAUGUAAGUGAAGGAGAAGCCACUGCCCCGCCCUAUCUGUGGGCCACCUCUCUGAAGAGAUACCAUUCAAAGUGGAAGCCUAAACAUGCAUCAUGAAGAAUUAAUCUUGACACUCUGCAUUCUCAUUGUUAAAAGUGCCUCAAAAAGUUGUAUUCACCGAUCGCAAAUUCAUGUGGUAGAGGGAGAACCUUUUUAUCUGAAGCCAUGUGGCAUAUCUGCACCAGUGCCCAGGAAUGAAACAGCCACCACGAGAUGGUUCAAAGGCAAUGCUUCACAUGAGUAUAGAGAGCUGAACACCACAAGCUCGCCCAGAGUCACUUUUCGUGAUCACAUCUUGGAAUUCUGGCCAGUUGAGAUGGAGGAUGAGGGAACCUACAUUUCUCAAGUCGGAAAUGAUCGUCGCAAUUGGACCUUAAAUGUCACCAAAAGAAACAAACACAGCUGUUUCUCUGACAAACUCGUGACAAGCAGAGAUGUUGAAGUUAGGAAAUCUCUGCAUAUCACUUGUAAGAAUCCUAACUAUGCAGAGCUGAUCCAGCACACAUGGCUGUAUAAGAACUGUAAGGAAAUAUCCAAAACCCCAAGGAUCCUGAAGGAUGCCGAGUUUGGAGAUGAGGGCUAUUACUCCUGCGUGUUUUCUGUCCACCAUAAUGGGACAUGGUACAACAUCACCAAGACUGUCAAUAUAACAGUUAUUGAAGGAAAGAGUAAAGUAACUCCAGCUAUUUUAGGACCAAAGUGUGAGAAGGUUGGUGUAGAACUAGGAAAGGAUGUGGAGCUGAACUGCAGUGCUUCACUGAAUAAAGACGAUCUGUUUUAUUGGAGCAUCAGGAAGGAGGACAGCUCAGACCCUAAUGUGCAAGAAUACAGGAAGGAGACAACAACAUGGACUUCUGAAGGCAAACUGCAUGCUUCAAAAAUACUGAGAUUUCAGAAAAUUACUGAAAACUAUCUCAAUGUUUUAUAUAAUUGCACCGUGGCCAACGAAGAAGCCACAGACACCAAGAGCUUCGUCUUGGUGAGAAAAGAAACACCUGAUAUUCCAGGCCAUGUCUUUACAGGAGGAGUAACUGUGGUUGUUCUCGCCUCUGUGGCAGCAGUGUGUGGGGUGAUUUUGUGUGUCAUUUAUAAAGUUGACUUGGUUCUGUUCUAUAGGCGCAUAGCGGAAAGAGACGAGACACUAACAGGUAAUAUGCUGCUGUGAGAGGGGCUCCCUAGCUCAUGUUUUUGUGCCUGUACCCUGCAAAGGAAAGAAACACUGGUCUUCCUUUUAUUUGGAUGAUCCCACUAAUGAUCUCUGAGCCUUGUUCCCAGCCUGGAGUCAGGGAUUACUCUGUGUGGGUUACACUGAAACAGGCGACAUACAACCCUAUACUUGUUUGUGAGAAAACAGAUGUGUUUCUUCUGAUGUCUCAUGUCUGUGAACUGUCUCCUCACAUGUCUCGUGCUGUCAGUCAGAGUGUGUUUACACACACACACACACACACACACCACUACACACUCAAGAAGACCAUUUUAUACCCAAUAAAAUUUGUUUUUAUUGAA